CCCUGGUAUAACGAAGAGGGACCAAAGGAAGGCAAGGCGCACGUGGAGGUUCUCGGUCAAUCCUGGUCUGCUCUAGUCCACAGCUGUGCCUCACACCCACCGCCCACUGACAAAUUGACAAUCCACCAAUCCUGUAUGUCCACCAGUACGUCAGAAGUAGGUGUCCAGGACAAGUGAGGAAAGGAGAUAGAAGGAAACAGGAAGACAAGGAAUAGAGGAAACAGGACGGGAGUGCCUGGCGUGAGUCAAGCAGCCAUGCAUCCCACGGCGGACAAAAUACUGAUGCGGAAGAUCAAGAAAAGCCAAAAGAAAAAGCUGAAAAUUGUGAAGGAAAAGGAAGAGCACAAAGAAGACAGUGUUCCAGAAGAAAAGUUGCCAGAGGAUGAAACAGAGCGCCUCAUCCAGACUCAUCACAUUCUCAGCAAACGCCCAGCAGAGGAUGACGAACCUUUCCCAAAAAAGAAAAAGAAAAAGAAAAAGCUAGAGCAGUUGGAAGAAAUCCUCGAUGAUGGAGCUGAUAACAAAGUACAAAAUGACAUUGAACAGAAAGUGAAGAAGAAGAAAAGUAAAGUGCCUCAGCAGGGGACCACAGCAGCAGUGCAGAGUGGACAAGAGAAUGGAGUGAAGCAAGGACAGGACAGGGGGGGUGAGAGUGAAGAGACAGGCUAUGAGAGUGAAGAGGGCAAAGGAGGUGUUGACAAUACACUAGGAUUUGACACAACUGUAAACAAAUCUUUUGAAAGUCUGCGUGGGCAAGUUUCUGAAGAGACCAUGAAGGCCAUAGAAGGCAUGGGCUUUACAGAGAUGACAGAGAUUCAGGCCAAGGCGAUCCCCAAGCUGCUGGAGGGGAGGGAUCUACGGGGGACAGCCAAGACUGGUGCUGGGAAGACUCUGGCUUUUGUCAUUCCUGCUGUGGAACUGCUUCACAAGCUCAAGUUCAAACCAAGAAAUGGUACUGGUGUGAUUGUUAUCUCGCCAACACGAGAGCUGUCAAUGCAGACAUUUGGUGUGCUACGAGAAGUGAUGCAGGAACACACACAGACUUAUGGCCUCAUCAUGGGAGGUGCUGACCGCAGGAGUGAGGCAGCAAAACUGGCUAAAGGUGUGAAUGCUCUUGUGGCCACUCCGGGAAGGCUUCUGGAUCAUUUGCAAAACUCCCCAAAUUUUCUCUUCAAGAACCUUGUGUGUUUGGUCAUUGAUGAAGCAGAUCGAAUCUUUGAUGUAGGAUUUGAAGAAGAGAUGAAACAAAUUUUGCGGAUUUUGCCAAAACGAAGACAGAGCAUGCUGUUCAGUGCCACCAAGGAUAACAAGACAAAUGAGCUUGCCAGGCUUGCCCUUAAAACUGAGCCCAUGGAGGUGGAUGUUGACUCGGACAAGAUCAGUGCCACAGUGGAAGGCCUUGAGCAGGCUUUCCUGGUGUGCCCCGCUGACAAGAGAUUCCUCGUCCUAUAUACAUUCAUCAAGAAAAACCGAAAGAAGAAAGUGAUGGUGUUCUUCAACUCCUGCAUGACUGUCAAAUUUUACCAUGAGCUUCUUAACUACAUUGACCUCCCUGUUAUGUGUAUCCAUGGUAAACAAAAGCAAGUAAAGCGGACCAGCACAUUUUAUCAGUUCUGCAAUGCUGAGUCUGGCAUUCUGCUGUGCACAGAUGUGGCUGCUCGAGGUUGGGAUAUCCCUGCUGUGGACUGGAUAGUGCAAUAUGAUCCUCCAGAUGAUCCCAAAGAGUACAUUCACCGUGUUGGAAGGACAGCCCGUGCAGGAGGCCAGGGCCAUGCUCUCCUUUUCAUUCGUGAGGAAGAAAUUGGUUUUGUGCGGUACCUCAAGGCUCACAAGGUUAAUGUGGAGGCCAUGGACAUCACUUGGAGUAAGGUAGCCAACAUUCAGCCACAGUUAGAGAAGCUGAUGACACAGAAUUACUUCCUACAUGCUAGUGCCAAAGAGGCCUUCAAAGGAUAUGUUCGGGCAUACAACUCUCAUCAGCAGAAGGACUUGUUCAAUAUCAACACUCUGGACUUGAAGAAGUAAGUAGAGACUUGCUGUCAUCACUGGUUGAGUUUUUAGGUUACUGGUAUCAAGUGGAUGGGUUGAAGGUAUGUCAGUCUUACUAUUGUAAAUUUCAUGUUAAAUUUUUAGUAAGUGAUUGCAACUAAUAGGAAAAGUUUUGGAUAUAAAGGUAUCAGGUUUUCAUUUAAGUUAGAAGAAAGGGAGGUAAUGAGUUUUAAGUGUAAAAUCUGUAGAUAAUUAUGUUCUUCAACAGGGUUUGAAAAUUACACACUAAUUUACAGGUAACUACAUAUGCACUAAGAACUCCACUUUAUACCUAUUUCCACUUCGAUGAAAAUCCGAUGAUGCUGUCAUAUCCAGAAGUUUUCUGUCUUGAUUUAAUGAAUCCUCUCACAUACUGGACACACAUGUGUGUCAGGCAGAAGUGCACUGAUGCAUGUGUCAAAAAAAGUUACAGUGGAACCUCAGUUAAUGAAUGCCUCCUUUUUCUAAAAUCCGUUUUCGAACAAAAUUUUGAAUUUGCUAUUGCAUUGGUUGCUCUAACAUAAUUCGAUUCCAGAACAAAAUUACUUGAUUUCAAAUAUUGAUUUCAAAUAUUAAAAGACAGCUAAGCUGUCAUUUAUUACUAAUUCAUAGUUUCUAUAAAUAUUUAUUUUGUUUUUUUAUAUUUGGAGGAGAGAGACUGUAAGACAGUAAUUCAUUCUUUGAAAUAAGGUAAAUGUGAUUGUGUUGAAAAUCCUUGAUAUAAACAAACAGUUUUUGGCACUCAGGAAUAAUCCCGAGCCACCUUUGGCUCUCUAGACCCCCAACAUCAUCAUUACUGUACAGUUGCAUUUUUCCAUUAGCUUUUUUCCCAGCAUCAAGAUGUUUAAGUGUUAUGAUCACCUUCAUUUUGUUGGUAAGUGAGUUGGUCCUCUCCGUGUCCCUCUGUAAGGCUUCCCUCACUAGAUCAGUGACAAAGAGAAUACUUGCACGGUCUAAACAGUAUCUUCUGAUGAGCUCUAGCUCAUGUCACCAAGUUCAUUCAUAACAUCCUUUCUGGAUGAAUUAUAAUUUGUGAGCUAGAGAUGUGAAGCAGCCAUCUUAGCAUUGAGUGUCCAUCAUAAGAACAUAAGAAAUAAGGGAAACUGCAAGAAGAUACCAAGCUUGCACGUGGCAGUUCCUGUAUGAAAUAUACUUACCUAUUUCUAUCUAUUAUUCCCAUCCAUAAGCCCAUCUAAAGCUGCUAAGAUAAGGUGGACAGGUGUCUGGGAACAGGUUAGUCUAUUUUACAUUGAUGCCUAUGGGGAAAAUAGUUUUGGUUUUUGAAUACUUCAGAUUUUGAACAGUAUUCAGGAAAAAUUAAGUUAAAAAACCAAGAUUCCACUGUAUUUAAAUUCAUUAAAAAUUAAGUUUCUGGUGUAAAUGUGUCAAUUUUGGGGGAGUCAAAGAUGAUCAUAAGUUUUACAAAAGUAAUAAAUUGGCAGCACUGAUGCUUCCCAGAAUAGGCUAACUCUUAGAUCAUUUGUCAGUUUCAGCCUGUGACUUGGGUGGGCUGUCUUCACAAUCUGAGACAUGCUGACUUCAGUUUUCCUUUAUUUAGUUGAUAUCUAAUGGAUAUUUCACAAUGCCAAUAGUACCAUUUUAAAACUUGUAAAAAGACGGUUUAGGUGGUAAAACUUGUAAAAAGAUGAUUUAGAUGAUGUGUAGUGCACUGAAUGCUUGCAGGGAAAGUUCUGAGCUAUGAGGUUGGGAAUAUUUUUUCUUGUUUUGUAUUUAUUUUUUUUUAGGGAAAAAUUAGUGAAAUUACUUAUUAGUAAAUUUUUUAUGUGGUUAUUUUAAAGAUAAUUUAUUUGUGAAUUUAGUGAUAUAUAAUAAUACAUGCCUACUGUUGAGUUUCAAAGGAAAGAAAACUGCUUCUAAAUCAAAGUUUUGCAAGAUGUUUGGAGAGGCCACAAAUGCAUGCCAACAGAAGAGGUAUUGGAAAGAAAACAUGAAAUUUAAUGGUGUGUGUGAGGUCUAAUUGAAACAAUGUGAAAGUAACAUUUAACAUGUUCUCUUACUUAUUCAUAAUUUCUGUCCAGUUUUAUUAAAUAUCUGUUACUGAUUAACUCCAAGGAUCCAUCACAGUUGUUCAAAUUGGUUAUAAAAGAAAUGGAAGAAAAAUCAUCAUACAUGAUACUGUGUGUGUGCACUCCUGUAUCUAUUCCUCCCCCCUUCUCUCUCUCUCUCUCUCUCUCUCUCUCUCUCUCUCUCUCUCUCUCUCUCUCUCUCUCUCUCUCUCUCUCUCUCUCUCUCUCUCUCUCUCUCUCUCUCUCUCUCUCUCUCUCUCUCUCUCUCUCUGACCUACAGUAUGUUUAUGAAUCAGUCUGAUAACACACCUGUUUCCUUUCCUGUAAAAUGGGAAGAGAUAUUUCAUGCCUGUAUAGAACCACCAGUACAGUGAGGCCCUGUUCAUAUUACCUAUUUCAUGUUGUCUGAAGAUUGGUUAUGUUAUCAGUGGUGUCACUCCAUCAGUGGGAAAAUGAACUGCAGCCACCAAAUACCCUUCCUUGAGACAGGUGAGCACUGUUACCUCUACUUGUGGCAGCAAUGCUCUUCUGUCUUAGGAAUAUUUGAUAGCUCUGAUUAAUUUUUCUAUCAAAGGAGUAACAUCAGUGAUAACAAUCCAUCUUCGGAUGAACAUGUGAAAUUGGUAGGGUGAAGUGGGCCUAAGACCUGUGUACAUUACUUAUCUAGUUCUGUUUCUCCAUUGCACAAGUUUAUUUUACUGGAUUAGGUUGGUAGUGGUGAAAUGCCUGUCAGUAUGUUUUUAGGGAGGAUAGUUUUGGUUUAUAGGGAGGGUGUCCUAGGAGGAAAGUCAUAUAUUCUCAGAAAUGAAAGCUCAAGUCAUUCUAGAUUGGAAGUAUUCUAUCUAGUUCUGUUUCUCCAUUGCACAUGUUUAUUUUACUGGAUUAGGUUGGUAGUGGUGCAAUGCCUGUCACUAUGUUUUUAGGAAGGAUAGUUUUGGUUUAUAUGGAGGUUGUCCUAGGAGGAAAGUCAUAUAUUCUCAGAAAUGAAAGCUCAAGUCAUUCUAGAUUGGAAGUAUUCUAUUGUCAGAUUGCUUUUAAUGCCAUGGUUUAGAAAUUACAUGACAUUUAGAUAUGAACUCACAUCAGUGGCAAGUGCCUGCACACAGACCAUCCAGCAACAUCCAGCUGGUUGCUGUUGCAUUAUGGUGUUUGUAUUGUUUUACCUGUUAUUUGCUACUGAUUCACUGCAUUCUUGGAUUCAGUUAUAUUUUUAUUCAUGAAAACUUUGAUGUGUAAUCAGAUGACAUACUCAUGACAGUGCCCACCAUUGCUACCCUCUUCACUCCAUCCCCCUUCCCCUUUUUUAAUUCAUAGCAUGCUCAUAUAAAAAAUAUCGUAUAACUUUUAAACUGUGACCUUAAAAGCAUUUGACCAUAGAAUAUUUCUGACUUAGAAUGACUCUUUUUUUAUGUAAGAGGGCCAUUGGCCAAGGGCAACAAAAAAUUUUGUAUAUAAAAAAGCCAGUUCUUGUGGAGAUUCCAAAUAGAAAAAUCAAAUAAUGGAAGAUAAGUGUCUUGAAAAGAGUUCAAGUCUUAGGAAGGAGGAAAUACAGGAGCAGGAAGGGAAUUCCAGAGUUUACCAGAGAAAGGGAUGAAUGAUUGAGAAUACUAUUCUCAAAUUCUUGCAUUAGAGAAGUGGACAGAAUAGAGAUGAGAAAAAAAAAGUCUUCUACUAUGAGGCCAUGGGAAGAGGAGAGGCAUGCAGUUAGCAA